GCGCGCCGGUGGUCCCAGCGCGGCUGACUUCUCCUCCGCCGGGUCCUGGGCGCCGCAAGAUAAACUUCUCACCAUGAAGGCACCCGCCGUGCUUGCACCUGGCAUCCUUGUGUUUCUGUUUACCUUGGUGCAGAAGAGCGAUGGGGAGUGUAAAGAGGCGCUAGUAAAGUCCGAGAUGAAUGUGAACAUGAAAUAUCAGCUUCCCAACUUCACUGCAGAAACACCCAUCCAGAAUGUCGUUUUACACAAGCAUCACAUUUACCUCGGUGCCAUUAACUACAUUUACGUUUUAAAUGACAAAGACCUUCAGAAAGUUGCUGAGUACAAGACUGGGCCUGUGCUGGAACACCCAGAUUGUUUCCCAUGUCAGGACUGCAGCCACAAAGCCAAUUUAUCAGGUGGCGUUUGGAAAGAUAACAUCAACAUGGCUCUGCUUGUUGACACGUACUAUGACGAUCAACUCAUUAGCUGCGGCAGCGUACACAGAGGGAUCUGCCAGCGACACGUCCUUCCUCCCAACGAUAUUGCUGACAUACAGUCGGAGGUUCAUUGCAUGUACUCCCCACAGGGAGACGAAGAGCCCAGCCAGUGUCCUGACUGUGUGGUGAGCGCCCUGGGAACUAAAGUCCUGCUGUCUGAAAAGGCCCGGUUCAUCAACUUCUUCGUAGGCAAUACCAUAAAUUCUUCUUACCUUCCAGAUCAUUCAUUGCAUUCGAUAUCGGUGAGAAGGCUAAAGGAAACACAAGAUGGUUUUAAGUUUUUGACAGAUCAGUCCUAUAUUGAUGUUCUACCUGAGUUCCGAGAUUCUUACCCCAUUAAGUAUGUCCACGCCUUUGAAAGCAACGAUUUUAUUUACUUUUUAACAGUCCAACGGGAAACUCUAGAUGCUCAGACUUUUCACACAAGAAUAAUCAGGUUCUGUUCCGUAGACUCUGGAUUGCAUUCCUACAUGGAAAUGCCUCUGGAGUGUAUUCUCACAGAAAAGAGAAGAAAGAGAUCAACAAGUGAGGAAGUGUUUAAUAUUCUCCAAGCCGCAUAUGUCAGUAAGCCUGGAGCCCAUCUUGCUAAGCAAAUAGGUGCCACCCUGAAUGAUGACAUUCUCUACGGGGUGUUCGCACAAAGCAAGCCGGAUUCUGCUGAACCAAUGAAUCGCUCUGCCGUCUGUGCGUUCCCUGUCAAAUAUGUCAAUGAAUUCUUCAACAAGAUCGUCAACAAAAACAAUGUGAGAUGUCUCCAGCAUUUUUAUGGACCCCACCACGAACACUGCUUCAAUAGGACACUUUUGAGAAAUUCAUCGGGCUGUGAAGUACGCAAUGAUGAAUAUCGAACGGAGUUUACCACAGCUUUGCAGCGCGUUGACUUAUUCACGGGCCAAUUCAACCGAGUCCUCUUGACAUCUAUAUCCACCUUCAUUAAAGGAAACCUCACCAUUGCUAAUCUUGGGACAUCGGAGGGUCGCUUCAUGCAGGUUGUGGUUUCUCGAUCGGGAUCAUCAACCCCUCAUGUGAAUUUUCGCCUGGACUCCCACCAUGUGUCUCCAGAAGUGAUUGUAGAGCACCCAUUAAACCAAAAUGGCUACACACUGAUUGUCACUGGGAAAAAAAUCACCAAGAUCCCGCUGAAUGGCUUGGGCUGUCAACAUUUCCAGUCCUGCAGUCAGUGUCUCUCUGCCCCUCCCUUUGUGCAGUGUGGCUGGUGCAACGACAAGUGUGUGCGAUUGGAGGAAUGCCCCGACGGAACAUGGACUCAAGAGAUCUGUCUGCCUACAAUUUACAAGGUUUUCCCAACCAGUGCCCCUCUUGAAGGAGGGACGACACUGACCAUAUGUGGCUGGGACUUUGGAUUCAGAAAGAAUAAUAAACUUGAUUCAAAGAAAACCAGAAUUCUCCUUGGAAAUGAGAGCUGCACCUUGACCUUAAGUGAGAGCACAUCAAAUACGUUGAAAUGCACCGUUGGUCCUGCAAGGAAUGAGCAUUUCAAUAUAUCCAUAAUUAUUUCGAACAGUCGAGGGACAGCACAAUAUAGUACAUUUUCCUAUGUGAAUCCUAUAAUAACAAGUAUUUCUCCAAGUUAUGGUCCUAAGACUGGUGGCACCUUACUUACUUUAACUGGAAAGUACCUAAACAGUGGGAAUUCUAGACACAUUUCAAUUGGUGGAAAAACAUGUACUUUAAAAAGUGUGUCAGACAGGAUUCUCGAAUGUUAUACGCCAGCCCAAACCACUCCAACUGAGUUUCCCAUUAAAUUGAAAAUUGACUUAGCCAACCGAGAGAUGCACAGCUUCAGUUACCGGGAAGACCCCAUUGUCUAUGAAAUUCAUCCAACCAAAUCUUUUAUUAGUGGUGGAAGCACAAUUACAGGUGUUGGAAAAAAUCUGAAUUCGGUUAGUGUCCUGAGGAUGGUGAUAAAUGUGCAUGAAGCAGGAAGGAACUUUACAGUGGCAUGUCAGCAUCGCUCUAAUUCAGAGAUAAUCUGCUGCACAACUCCUUCACUACAACAGCUGAAUUUGCAACUCCCUCUGAAAACCAAAGCCUUUUUCGUGUUAGACGGGAUCCAUUCCAAAUACUUUGAUCUCAUUUAUGUACAUAAUCCUGUGUUUAAGCCUUUUGAAAAGCCAGUGAUGAUCUCAAUAGGCAAUGAAAAUGUACUGGAAAUUAAGGGAAAUGAUAUUGACCCUGAAGCAGUUAAAGGUGAAGUGUUAAAAGUUGGAAAUAAGAGCUGUGAGAAUAUACACUCAUAUUCUGAAGCCGUUUUAUGUACAGUCCCCAGUGACCUGCUGAAAUUGAACAGCGAGCUAAAUAUAGAGUGGAAGCAAGCAGUUUCUUCAACCGUCCUUGGAAAAGUAAUAGUUCAACCAGAUCAGAAUUUCAGAGGAUUGAUAGUUGGUGUUGUCUCAAUAGCAAUAAUACUCUUGUUAUUACUCGGGCUUUUCCUGUGGCUGAAAAGGAGAAAGCAAAUUAAAGAUCCGGGCAGUGAAUUAGUUCGCUAUGAUGCAAGAGUACACACUCCUCAUUUGGAUAGGCUUGUAAGUGCCCGAAGUGUAAGCCCCACUACAGAAAUGGUUUCAAAUGAAUCUGUAGACUACCGAGCUACUUUUCCAGAAGACCAGUUUCCUAACUCAUCUCAGAAUGGAUCAUGCAGACAAGGGCAGUAUCCCCUGACGGACCUAUCCCCCAUCCUAACUAGUGGGGACUCUGAUAUAUCCAGUCCAUUACUGCAAAAUACUGUCCACAUUGACCUCAGUGCUCUAAAUCCAGAGCUGGUCCAGGCAGUCCAGCACGUAGUGAUUGGGCCAAGUAGCCUGAUUGUACAUUUCAAUGAAAUCAUAGGAAGAGGACAUUUUGGGUGUGUAUAUCAUGGGACUUUGUUGGACAAUGAUGACAAGAAAAUUCACUGUGCUGUGAAAUCCUUGAACAGAAUCACUGACAUAGGAGAAGUUUCCCAAUUUCUGACCGAGGGAAUCAUCAUGAAAGACUUUAGUCAUCCCAAUGUUCUCUCACUCUUGGGAAUCUGCCUUCGAAGUGAGGGGUCUCCACUGGUGGUCCUACCAUACAUGAAACAUGGAGAUCUUCGAAAUUUCAUUAGAAAUGAGACUCACAACCCAACAGUAAAAGAUCUUAUUGGCUUUGGGCUUCAAGUAGCCAAAGGCAUGAAAUAUCUUGCAAGCAAAAAGUUUGUCCACAGAGACUUGGCUGCAAGAAACUGUAUGCUGGAUGAAAAAUUCACUGUCAAGGUUGCUGAUUUUGGUCUUGCCAGAGACAUGUAUGAUAAAGAAUACUAUAGUGUACACAACAAAACAGGUGCAAAACUGCCAGUGAAGUGGAUGGCUUUAGAGAGUCUGCAGACUCAGAAGUUCACCACCAAGUCAGAUGUGUGGUCCUUUGGCGUUCUGCUCUGGGAACUGAUGACAAGAGGAGCACCGCCUUAUCCUGACGUCAACACCUUUGAUAUAACAGUUUACUUGUUGCAAGGCAGAAGGCUCUUACAACCAGAAUACUGCCCAGAUCCCCUGUAUGAAGUGAUGCUAAAAUGCUGGCACCCUAAAGCCGAACUGCGCCCAUCCUUUUCUGAACUGGUGUCCAGGAUAUCAGCAAUAUUCUCUACUUUCAUCGGGGAACACUAUGUCCAUGUGAACGCUACUUAUGUGAAUGUGAAGUGUGUCGCUCCAUAUCCUUCUCUGUUGUCAUCACAAGAUAAUAUUGAUGGCGAGGGGGAUACAUGAUGGAUGGAUGCACCACCAGCUGCCUUCUGAGAAACAUCAUAGAACUGUCCAAACAACAGUCCACACUUUGUCCAAUAUUUUUUUCACUGCCUGGCCACUGAAAGGCCACCAGAUAUUUUUUGCUUUUGCCAAAAUUGCACUAUUAUAGGACCUUAUGUUGUUAUUUAAAAUAACUGGAUUCUAAGGAAUUUCCCAUCUGACAAAUCGUCAGAGCCAGAAGCUUGGUCCCCCAGGCCAGUGACCAACAGCAACACUGCAGCUAUGAUGACACUCCUGUCACAGUCAAACCAAAACCUGAAUUCUGGGUUGAAAUUUUUAAAAACGAGGAUCCCACCUGAUGUCAUAUGAGGAACUGAGGCAAUGAAUUUUGAGGGCUUCUUGAUCACAGGUGAUUCAGAAGUGGUGACGUCCAGGGCAGAUAUGACAGCCCCAGGACCAGGCCACUCAUUUAGAAUUAAAGUGUUUUGAAGAACUUUUGUGCGUUGUAUGGUCACUAACAUUUUUCAUUACUGAUGUUAUCAUUUGCCCACAGGCAAACAUUCCCUUUUAAAUUUUUGCAUAUACAUUCCUUUUAUUGGAGAAAUAUCUAUAGGCGACACAGUCAAUGUUUCAAAACAGCAGAACACGAAAUGUGUUUAUAAAUUAAUAAGGAUGUUUAUGUGUUGUACAUAGACAACAUUAAG